GUCCUAUUGCCGCUAUGACCGAUCGGAAUGUUCUUCGCAAAGAUCAACUGGAAAUCAGUCUAGUCAAGGAGAAGGAAUUGAUCAAGGAGGGCAACCUCAAGGAUGAUAACCCCCUGGAUCUGAGCGAGCCGUUUGCGGAGCUCUGCAGCGCCUGUCGUAAGGGGGAUCUUAAAGUUUGUCAAGAGAAGAUCACCGAGGGGGUUAAUAUCAAUGCCCGCGAUGCCUACGAUUACACCCCUUUGAUCUUGGCAAGUCUCUGUGGCCACUACGAGGUGGUCCGGUUGCUCCUGGAGUCCGGCGCGUUGUGUGAACGAGAUACUUUCCAAGGAGAACGUUGCCUGUACAAUGCGCUGAACGAUCGCAUCCGCAAUUUACUCCUGGAAUACGACUACUCUAAAUCGACCGAUCCCCUGCAGCCUCUCGCCGCCCACCUCGCUUCGUUGCUCACGCGAGAACAGCCCGUGACGUCCGACAUUGUCGUUACCGCUGGAGAUGAGUCGCUUCACCUACACAAGUUCGUCCUGGCUGCGCGAUCGCCGUAUUUCCGGAAUAAGCUAGCGGCGGCCCCGGAGAGUCCUUCGUGGAAGCUUCCGUCCACGAUCCCGCCCCAAGCGUUCGGCAUCGCGAUCAAGUAUCUGUACCUCGGAGAAGCACCCCGCGACCUGAAAAGCGGACCGGGGACGGGGUUCACCGAGUCGGAAGUCUUCGAGGGGAUCGACCGAGUCGCGCACCACCUCGAGAUCGACACCCUCCUAGACAGCAUCAUCGACAGCGGAGAUCGACGGCUAGCCCGGCAGCGGCGAUCAACGGAAAUUGCCAAAGGCCGGGACCAGCUGGAGACAUGGUUCCGGGCGAACGUCCUGGGCAAUAAACUGGAAGUGGAGACGUCCAAAGCCAACAGCGUGAAAUGGGACCGCGAGAAUGCCAUCUUCGCAGACAUCCUGCUCCAAGCCGACGAGCUCCCCGAGGACGCCGAACCCGGCAGCGAGCCAAAGUCAAUACUCUUCCCUUGCCACAGAGCCAUGCUCCUACGCUCCGAAUUCUUCAACACCAUGUUCUCCAGCAUGUUCCGCGAAGCCUACGUCAAAGACCACCUCCACAUCGUCAACGUGGACUGCUCCCCCGAGGUCCUCGAAAUAGUGCUCACCUUCCUCUACACCGAGCGAGCCGACUUCCCCCUCGACGUAGCAGUCGACGUCCUCUUCGCAUCAGACAUGCUCUUCAUCGAGAAACUCAAAACCAAAGCCGCAGUCGUAAUCAGCACCCUCGGCAGCGGCAACCUGUCGCAGUCCGAAGCCGCAAAGACGCGGGGCACAACAGAAGAAGAAGAGCUAGACAUUUACGGCAUCAUCCGCGCCGCAUGGAUGACGCGCGUUCAGCGCCUGGAAGAAUUCGCAGCGCGCUAUCUCGCCUACCGCCUCGAGGCACAUAUCGACUCGCCUGAGUUCGCGGAACUCAUCGAAGAGUCUGCGUCGCGCAUCAAAGCCCGUCAGGAAACCGAUUCCAUCGAACUGCUAGACGAUAUCCGGUUCUACCUCAACGAGCGCUUCCGCCUGCGCUUUGACGACGCAGGACUGGGCGAGAUGAUGCGUAACGCGGCGCAGCAGCCGCACAAAGCACCCCCUGCCGGCGCAGACGCAGACGGCACCGAGAAAGAGGUUGAGAAGGUCACCAACGGCAUCGACACGAUCGAUCUAUCCAAGGUAGCUGCGCCGGCGUCCCAGCAGGAUAGGGACCACCACGCCCCUGUGAUCCGGACGCUGGACGGCGAAAUCGCCGUCGACGAGUUCGACAAGGACGCUGCUAACUAUCAGAUAUUGAUGGCCAAGCUGGAUGCCAUCCUGGAAGACCUAAAUCUGGAGGCGUAGUUGGAUAGGUGACAGGUGAUGAAUUAUGAGAUAUGUAGGUAUAUACGCAUGCC